AUGUUAUCAGCUCUGGCAUUCGUGCCAACGGAUCAAAUCGUGACAAGCUUUGAAGCUUUAUGCGAUAGUAAUAUCCUUCCACCUAGUGCACAGCCUGUGAUCGAUUAUGUAGAAGAUAAUUGGAUUGGGAGGCCGGAUCGCAGGGCGGUUCGACGUGAUCCGCGUUACGCUCAUGCUUUGUGGAAUUGUUACGAAGAUACAGGAGAAAAUCUUCCCAAAACAAACAACUCUUGUGAGGGCUGGCACAGAAGUUUUAGCUCAUUGGUUUCAUCAAAUCACCCUACAUUGUGGAAAUUCAUUGACAAAUUAAAAGAUGAACAGGGGAGAAACGAGGCAGUCAUUGAGCAAUAUGUUGCCGGAGAAGAUUUACCUCCUCGCAAAAAGAAAUAUCGCGAUGCUGCAGAAAGGUUACGUCGAGUUGUAUCAGAUUAUCCUAACAGGGAGAUGUUGGACUACUUAAGAGGAGUAGCGCAUAACAUUGGCUUUUGA